AUGGGGGUAAGGCAGGCAACCAAUCAGAUUGUGAUGAAUUGUGCUGAUAUUGACAUUAUUACAGCUUCAUAUGCGCCAGAAGGAGAUGAAGAAAUCCAUGCGACAGGAUUUAACUAUCAGAAUGAAGAUGAAAAAGUCACCUUGUCUUUUCCUAGUACUCUCCAAACAGGUACAGGAACCUUAAAGAUAGAUUUUGUUGGAGAGCUGAAUGACAAAAUGAAAGGUUUCUACAGAAGUAGAUACACCACCCCUGCCGGCGAGGUGCGCUAUGCUGCUGUCACACAGUUUGAGGCCACUGAUGCCCGAAGGGCUUUUCCUUGCUGGGAUGAGCCUGCUAUCAAAGCAACUUUUGAUAUCUCGCUGGUUGUGCCUAAAGACAGAGUGGCUUUAUCAAAUAUGAAUGUAAUUGACAGGAAACCAUAUCCUGAUGAUGAAAAUUUAGUGGAAGUGAAGUUCGCUCGAACACCCGUUAUGUCUACGUAUCUGGUGGCAUUUGUUGUGGGUGAAUAUGACUUUGUAGAAACAAGGUCAAAAGAUGGUGUGUGUGUCCGUGUUUACACCCCUGUUGGCAAAGCAGAGCAAGGAAAAUUUGCGCUAGAGGUUGCUGCUAAAACCUUGCCUUUUUAUAAAGACUACUUCAAUGUUCCUUAUCCUCUACCUAAAAUUGAUCUCAUUGCUAUUGCUGACUUUGCAGCUGGUGCCAUGGAGAACUGGGGCCUUGUUACUUAUAGGGAGACGGCAUUGCUUAUUGAUCCAAAAAACUCGUGUUCUUCAUCACGCCAGUGGGUUGCUCUGGUUGUGGGACAUGAACUCGCCCAUCAAUGGUUUGGAAAUCUUGUUACUAUGGAAUGGUGGACUCAUCUCUGGUUGAACGAAGGCUUUGCAUCCUGGAUUGAGUAUCUUUGUGUAGACCACUGCUUUCCAGAGUAUGAUAUCUGGACUCAGUUUGUUUCUGCAGAUUACACCCGUGCCCAGGAGCUUGAUGCCUUAGAUAACAGCCAUCCUAUUGAAGUCAGUGUGGGCCAUCCGUCUGAGGUUGAUGAGAUAUUUGAUGCUAUAUCAUAUAGCAAAGGUGCAUCUGUAAUCCGAAUGCUACACGACUACAUUGGCGAUAAGGACUUUAAGAAAGGAAUGAAUAUGUAUUUAACCAAGUUCCAACAAAAGAAUGCUGCAACAGAGGAUCUCUGGGAAAGUUUGGAAAGUGCCAGUGGCAAACCCAUAGCAGCUGUGAUGAAUACCUGGACCAAACAAAUGGGAUUCCCUCUCAUUUACGUGGAAGCGGAACAGGUAGAAGAUGACAGAGUACUGAAGCUGUCUCAAAAGAAGUUCUGUGCCAGUGGACCAUAUGUCGGUGAUGACUGUCCUCAGUGGAUGGUUCCUAUCACAGUUUCAACUAGUGAGGACCCCAGCCAGGCUAAACUGAAAAUACUAAUGGAUACGCCAGAGAUGAGUGUGGUUUUGAAAAAUGUCAAACCAGACCAAUGGGUAAAGCUAAAUCUGGGAACAGUUGGGUUUUAUCGAACCCAGUACAGCUCUGCCAUGCUGGAAAGUUUAUUACCAGGCAUUCGUGACCUUUCUCUGCCACCAGUGGAUCGGCUUGGAUUACAGAAUGACCUCUUUUCUCUGGCUCGAGCUGGAAUCAUUAGCACUGUAGAGGUUCUAAAAGUCAUGGAGGCUUUUGUGAAUGAGCCCAAUUAUACUGUAUGGAGCGACCUGAGCUGUAACCUGGGGAUUCUUUCAACUCUCUUGUCCCACACAGACUUCUAUGAGGAAAUCCAGGAGUUUGUCAAAGAUGUCUUUUCACCUAUAGGAGAGAGACUGGGCUGGGACCCCAAACCUGGAGAAGGUCAUCUAGAUGCACUCCUGAGGGGCUUGGUGCUGGGCAAACUGGGAAAAGCAGGGCAUAAGGCAACUUUGGAAGAAGCCCGUCGGCGGUUUAAGGAGCACGUGGAAGGGAAACAGAUUCUCUCUGCUGAUCUAAGGAGUCCUGUUUACCUUACUGUUUUAAAACAUGGUGAUGGCACUACCUUAGAUAUUAUGCUAAAGCUUCACAAACAAGCUGAUAUGCAAGAAGAGAAAAACAGAAUUGAAAGAGUUCUUGGGGCUGCUCUUUCACCUGAACUGAUUCAGAAAGUCCUCACUUUCGCACUUUCAGAAGAGGUACGUCCACAGGACACUGUGUCGGUGAUUGGUGGAGUAGCUGGAGGCAGCAAACAUGGGAGGAAAGCUGCUUGGAAAUUCAUAAAGGACAACUGGGAAGAGCUUUAUAAUCGAUACCAGGGAGGAUUCUUAAUAUCCAGACUAAUAAAGCUGUCAGUUGAGGGGUUUGCAGUUGAUAAAAUGGCUGGAGAAGUUAAGGCUUUCUUCGAGAGUCACCCAGCUCCUUCAGCUGAGCGUACCAUCCAGCAGUGUUGUGAAAAUAUCCUGCUGAAUGCUGCUUGGCUAAAGCGAGAUGCUGAGAGCAUUCACCAGUACCUCCUUCAGCGGAAAGCCUCCCCACCCUCCGUGUGAAGCCUCCCUCCGCAGGUGGUCUCACUGCCUCUGCGGGGAUGAGGUGGAGCUACCAGACAGCUGAUUCACAUGCCAAGAAUUUGGAGUCUUACACCAGUGGGGGUUGGACAAUGAAUGUAGUUAACUGGUUCCUGCUCACACUCCAGAAUUAAAUUCUAUUGAAAAAGGAAAAUCAGCAAUUCAGCAAAAAACAAAUAAAAUAAAAAAUAAAAUAAAAAUGUAAAUAUGAUAGUGAUAAACUAGAGCAUAACGAAGCUGUGAACUUCCCGAAGCUGGCCGUGGUCACGGGUGAGCACGCUCCUCUUAGUGACGGGUGUCGUUUUAUAGCCUGCCAAAAGGAAAGCCUGAGGAGCCGGGUGUGGCCAUCGCUGGGGAUGCUGACCAAGAGGCUGACCGCUGGCUCACACAGUGCAGUCUAUGUGUGAUUGAUUAUAAGUGGGUUUUCUUUUCCUUUUUGGCAUGGGAACCGACCAGGAAGGUAUCUUCUCCUGUAUAACUCAGUCUGAACCAAGGAUUGUAGUUCCCUCCUUGCCUCCCUUCUGUGUGAUCCCCACCCCCCAAAAAAGUAAUGAAAAGCUUUAAAAAAUAAAACAAAAAAACUACCCUCUCUCCCUUCCCAGGUUCUCCUCCCUUUAGUUGUGCCCAGCCCUGACCUGUCCUUAGAGAACAGAAACAUCUCUGACGGCCACAUUAAAUAAGAGGAUAUGCUGAUAUGCUUUUAUUUUCUAAGAUAACCUUUAAGGAACCCUGAAGUGCAUAAGAGGUGAAAGAGUAGAAAUAAAGACUAUCAGCUAGGCCUUUCUGCUCAAAACUGUCCCAGUUACCGGACAGGCCAAACGCUGCACCUCUUCCGAACAGUAUCAGUGAGCUCUGGCUCACCACUUGUGCAUGUGAGGGGCCAGUGGGGACUGCUGUGGGGCCCAGAUGUCUGCUGCACCGUCGCCGGUGGUAUGCCCACUAACGAGCCUCGCCUCCUAACCCAGUGUGUUUUUACUAAGUCUCAGCCCCUUCCCCCAACCCUUUCUUCUCUUUCCUUUCCUUUUAUUUUUUUCCUGAAUCCUUUUAUUUUGUGUUAACAGAAAUUCAUAUUUGGUGUGGCUUAAUGUAUUUUGGAAGGUCAUCAGAUUGUGAGACUGCUUCCUUGAAACAUUUUUGUGCUAUUGUUUUAAAAAAUAAUAAUUAAAAAAAGUUGGCGUUAAUAAAAAUGUCAAUGUGAA